UUUUAAUUAGUAAUGGUAGUAAUAUUUAUAACAAAGUUGUAACUAUGGUAGUUAUUGCUAACAAAACAAAUAUUUAACAAACAUAUUAAAUUGCAAAAAAAUAUUUUAUACAAUAUUAAAGAAGACGAGAUAAGUAUACACAAAUAUUCAAAUCUAUACUUUGCUAAAAUGUCGCAUAAACUUAAAAAGGAUCAUGCUAUUGCUGGAUUAGUGUUAGGUAUUUUAGAAAUAAUAUUUGGACUAAUCAUAACAAUAUUAUCAUUUGUUUUAAUUGGAAAAACAACGUUAGGUCCUUCAAAAUCACCUUAUUGGGCUGGUAUCGUUUUUAUUGUGCCGGGUAUUCUUGGAGUCGUUUCAGGGUUUACAAGAAACCGUGGUGCAAUGAUAGCUUUCAUGGUUCUAAACAUAAUUGCUGUCGUUAUUGAGUCUGUUGGGUUCCUUGUAUUAGUUCUUGUUAUUAGUACGAUUGCAGCUUCCGCAAUAAUAGUAAAUACUUCAUGCACAUAUGGUACUAGCUGUUACACAGUGGAUACCUCUGUUGAACCUAUUGCAUAUGCAAUUAUUGUAUUUUUGAUCCUAGCAAUAUUAGUGGCACUAGCUUCUUCCAUUCUUGGCUGUAUCUCUGUCUGUUGUAAUUCGAAAUCAAAGCCGACUACUGUGAUAAUUCAGCAACCAGGAAUGGUAAUGCAACAACCAGGAAUGCAACAACCGGCUUAUCCGCCAACCUAUGAUUACACCGUGGAAAAAUAAUUUUUUUAUUGUUUUUAAAACAUUAAAGUGAAGAGUAAUGUGUGCACGUUUUUAAAGCACUAAUUUGAAAAAGUUGUAAUGAUAAAUCAAAAUGAUUUUAAAUUAUCAUUUAAUAAAAAACAAAUAUGUUUCAA